AUGGCAAUGGCUGGAACCUCCGUCGAAGCUGAAGUUGAAGCAAUUAAAUCUUUUAGAGAUUUUCUUACGUCGUACAACAAAUUAUCAGAAGUCUGCUUCAUUGAUUGUAUAUCGGAUUUUACUUCGAGAGAUCUCAAAAGUAAAGAAGAAAAAUGUGCUGUAAAUUGUAUGGAAAAAUAUUUAAAAAUGAAUCAACGUGUGUCUCAACGGUUCCAAGACAUUGAUUGUAAAGCUGGAUUAGUCGGUAUUUUGUCAUCAUUUGUACAAUCAUCAUCCCACAAGUUAGAUUCACCAAACCAAUCCGAUUGCUCAUCAUCACCUUCUCUAUCCUCAUCAUUAGUAAUAAUUCCAGCUUCUGAAUCACUCGAUGAAAUACUUGAACUUGAAACUCUUGAACAGUCCAUUGCGUCUUCACUUUGGGUUUUAGCACGAUUUUUAGAUUUUUGA